AUGAGCAGAUCUAAGCUACGCAAAGGAACUUCCAUAUUUCUCCGCUACUUGCCGGAGUUGGCAUCUAAGGCCUGUAAGCACAAAUGCUUCCUCUUCAGCAGUGCAGACAUGAUUGAGUAUUUCGGAGUCAACCUAAACUCAGUCCUCCUCGAUAUCCGCUUUAUUGUGGAAGAAGAACAAAUGGACUAUCUGCUCCUCUGCCCUCCUAAAUGCUCUAUUCAGUAG